UUACUUCAAGUUUCCGUUGAACCCUUACUACGGGACUAGUCUGCGGCACGACGGUAAGAGUCAGACCGUUGGAGACGACCAAUGAAGCAGUGUAACCAAACCUUAAGUGGCCAUGUUUAAUCUUAGACAAUAAGUUUAUAGAAACGGAAAUUAACAAGAUUAAUGUGGCCAUGGAAGUGGAAAACCAAAACACGUUCUCAUCCUACCAUUCAUCUCACAAUGGCAGCAGCUCCUCCACCCCUGAUGUUUUACCUUCAGAAAAUCACGCUGACCGUCUGACCCGACCACCUUUUGGCACUGUUAUCCCUAACAGAAUUUUUGUUGGGGGAAUCGACUAUAAGGUUAAUGAGAGUGACCUGGAGCGUGUCUUCUCACAGUAUGGUGCCGUAAAAGAGGUAAAGAUUGUCAUUGAUCGCUCUGGAAUGUCAAAGAGAUAUGGGUUUGUUACAUUUGAAACUCAAGAAGACGUACUGAAAAUUCUCAGUAAUGCUAAUGGGAUUUGUUUUGAAGAUAAGAAACUCUGCAUUGGCCAAGCUGUCCGAAAGCAUCAAACUGCAGUUAAAAUUGCCCCACUGGCCCACCCUGAACCUACAAGACCUUAUCAGAUGUCCUGUGGGACUUUUUACCUGACCACAUCCACAGGUUAUCCCUACACCUACCAUAAUGGAGUGGCCUACUUCCACUGCCCCAACAUGAACCCUCAGGCCCACCACUGGUCUCCUGCACCCCAGUUAGUGGCCUCUCAGUCUUAUCAGCCAGUUCACCAGCAGCCAGCAUAUCACCACUACCAGAGUGUUCCAAACCAGUGUCAGUGGAAUGCAGUUCAGGUGCCGAUACCAUCCAGUGCAGUCGCGUACUCUCACCAGUCAGAGUAUCUGUAUCAGGCUGCUGAUGGAGACUCUUUCCAGCCUCCUGUGCCUAGAAUGAAGGACACAGCAUUAGAGUUUGUAGACGCGGCAGUGCCUCAGGUUUACCCGGGAAUGGCGCCCAUCAUUCUGCAACAUGACCCUACCAAGAACCUGAUGUUCCCUCCUCCACAAGUCCAUCUGAAGUCAAAGUACUACAGCUACAUGCCCAAAAAGAACCACCACUAUGUGCCAGAUACGACUGUGUUUCACACCAUCCCAGCAACUCAUGUAGGCUAAACUUUUGACAAGGUUGACAUGUCACACAAUCUAGCAGCUGAUAACUCUGUGCCUCACAUUGAAGGCCUCGUGGUUAGACGGUAAUGCAGCAGACUGAUGUUUACUCUGCUUUAUGUUCUGCCUUAGAGUUAAAAUGGUUGUUUUACAUCAAUUUUGUUCCACAUCAACUCAUGAAAAACAGAAGAGGGCUCAAUGUGCCUUCAUUAAAUCCAAUAUUGAAUCUGAUAACUUCAUAAACUACAGAGAACAGCUUCAGUUCCCUAAAUAUAUGCAGAUUUACAGCUUGUAUAUUAAUAGAACUCAAU